GUGUUAUUGGGCCAAAAACAAGGCCAGUAACAAGGGUGUCCUUUCAACUGAUAAUAAUAUAAUAAUAGCAGAUUAGGUUAUUCUACUAAAUAUAUAAUAUUUGGGCCCAUCACAAGAGUGUAGUUUGUUAUAAGGUAAACAAAUUACUAGUUUCAUUUCUUGAUUUUAGAAUACAACUAUAUCAUAUGAGAUUUGAGUGAGUAGAGAGGAAAAAUAAUGAUGAAAGCUAAGUAAUAUAUUAAAAUUUGGGUGUUUAUUGUUUCUAGUUUUUUUUUAAAACGGUUUCGGUUUGUGUUUUUACAAAAACCAUUUUAUUAUCCAUUCACAAUUUUGAAGAAUGUUUGAUUUAUCGUUUGCAAUCGACAAUUAUAACAGUCAUUUUGUUACAAAAGCAAAAACAGAGCUCCCUUAAACAAGAGUAAGACAAGAGAAGAAUCUAAUUAGUCUCUAAUUCAUCUUUGGGAACUUUACCUCUUGAUAAAUCUUUAACCAUAGAGAUAUAGAGAGAUCAAUGGGAUGAUAAUUCAUAUUCAGUUUUUGAUUCUCUCAUUCUAGUUCUUGUGAACAAAGCUAAUAUUCGUAAUUCAUAGAUAUUAAGGUCUAGAUUGUUAUUUUUAAGUUUUAAUCUAUGAAAAAAUCACCUUUUAUGCACUAUAUUAGUACUCCCUUGUCUUGAGGUAAGCUCAAAUAAAUCUACAGCGAAAUGAGUUACUAGAUCGGUUACCAUACUGCAGGGAGUGCUUAUGAAUAAAUAUUGUGAUAGAUAGCUUGAAUUGUGGUCUCUUUUUGAAAAUGUAUAUUUUUUUGACCUUUAUAUUAAACUAAAAAAUGAUUCAGUAUACAAUCUAUAAUCUUGUCAAACGCACAUAUCUGCAGCAAAAGCAGCUCUACAAGUGGCGUCAUUCCAUCUUUCGCAAGCAUGACUCGUCAAUCAAGAAGCGGAAAUGAAUCCAGAAUCACUCCGAAAAUGGCUGUCCAUUGCAAAAGAAGGAAAGACGACGACGAAAGGAGCUCGACAUUUCUCGACGAAGGCGAAGAAGCAUCUCUCUGCUCUCGGUUGGCGUUUCGCUUACGUUCGCAAAGGGGUGUCACGAGAGCUGCGCUACAAAUCUCCCGAGGGUAAGUGGUUUAACUCUUUAGUUACAGCUUGUGGUGCUUGUCUCGAAGAUGAAGACGACGACGACGACUCGAGUACUCAAGAACAAGAUGAUGAUAACCAAGAAGCGCCUGCUUCCGGUGGUGUACCGAAGAAGAAGAGAACGAAGGUUUGUGAUACGGCGCCGGACAAGAACCGCUCUUCUCACUUGGCCAAGAAGAUUCUCAACGAACAGGAGAAGACGUCUGAUGAGUCUAGUAAGCUAACGCCAAAGCCAAAGCCAAGGUUUGGGAAAUCGAAGAGGACGAACUGUGAUGUGUGUUGUGUUUGUCAUCUUGGUGGAGAAGAUUUGCUUCGAUGCAAUGGUUGUCCUUCGGCCAUUCACCCUGCUUGCUCCGGUUUGCGGUCGAUUGCUCCCGAUGAACAUGUACAGGAUUGGUUCUUCUGUACUUGUUGCUGCUGCGAUAUCUGUAAUCAAAGGAGAACACCAGGAAUCAUCAGCAUGUUAUUGACUUGUGAGCAAUGCCAUAGAAGAUGCCAUCGAAAUUGUCUUGAACCACCUGAACCUUUAAUUGAUUUGCCAUGGUUCUGUAGUUCACAAUGCAGCAGUGUCUUUUCCGCGCUUCAGAAACUCCAAGGAACUAAGAUUGCAUUAGUAGGCGACGAGGGUUUGGUCUGGAGUUUGAUCAGAGUUCCUAAUGACGGUGAACAACAACAGCUGGAUUCUGCUGUUAAGAUGCUUCAACGGUCGUUUAAGCCUACACCUGACCGUUUCUCUGGGAGAGAUCUUGUUGAGGAAUUGAUAUUCAGCAAAGACUCAGAUGGCGUGGGACGCAAGUUUUACACGUUUUCAGUUGAGAGGAAUAAUAACCCUAUCAUUGUGGUGGCAAUGAGAGUUGGCAAAGAUGUAGCUGAGAUCCCUUUGUUGGCGACACUGACUAGAGAUUCUUAUGACAGGAUAAGUAGCAUGUGUAGAGCACUUAUGGAUGAGUUGGAGAAGCAAAUGUCUGAAAUUGGAGUUCGUAGAUUGGUUUUACCGGCUUUGGCAGAUGAUGUGCACACUUGGACUCAGCAGUUUGGGUUCUCACAUAUGGAAAGUUCUGAGAGGUUGGAGCUUCUGAAACAUGGAUUGUUUGAUUUUGUUGGUACUGUAAUGUGCCAUAAGUUUCUCAAGGAAAGAGAAGAGCAAGGAGAGUCAAGCCCAACCGGUGGAAACCAAUCCUGAUACCUUUCUGUGAUGUAUAUUGAUUGCUUCUAUGUGAUGUAUAGUGUGGAAUUCUGUUUUCACAACUCUUAUAAACUUCAUGAUAAUGGUCUCAAUCAAUAACUGAAAACAAACAACGCAUAGUUUACACUUUUUAC